AUGGCGAAGGGAAGUUGCCUCUGCUCUCAGAUCGAGUUCGAAUAUUCGGGCGAGCCUGCAACCACCGCCCUCUGCCACUGCGUCGACUGCCAGAAGUGGACCGGCGCCGCCUACACCGCCAACGUCGUAGUCCCGCGCGGCAACUUCAAUGUCACAAAAGGGCAGGAUGUCCUAAAGUCCUACGACGCGACCGGUGCAUCGGGCAAGAUCAACAAGCACUGGUUCUGUAACAACUGCGGAUCGAGCCUCUACACGGAGCUUGAAGUCAUGCCGGACGUCACGUGUGUGAAGAGUGGCACGCUGGAUGGAGGAGCCUCAAACCAUGAUGUUGCGGUUGAGUUUUAUACGAAGGAUAGGCUGAAGUAUUCGGCUCAGGUUGAGGGUGCGGAGCAGAAGCCGGAGUUUGGCUAG